AUUCUGGGACAACAUAGGGGUGGUCAGCCAGCUCAUUCAUGGGUGGUCAUCUGGCACCGCCCGGAGCCCGGGCAGGCUCCGGCCCCGGCCGCUGGCCUGGCGACCCCACGGCAAUGGCCCCGCUGUCUGCAGGAGGAAACACAAAUGCUGCCUUUGAGUCACAAAACGAAAAAAGGGGAACCGAAAGGGUGGGGUUGGCCGGCCCCGUCCUUCCUCCCUGCGCACCCUGCCGUCUCUCCUCGUCCCUGCCGCCACAGCCAGCCCAAGCGCCGGGGUGGGCGCGGCGGGGCCCGGCUGGCCGGAGCGGCGGCGGGACGGUCGGUGAGUGAGGAGCCCCGGGAGCCACGGCCGGGGCAGCGCUGCCUCGGGGCUCCUGGGCACCGAUGGGGCCCUGCUGAUGUGGCUGUGGGACAGCCGGGUGGCGGGAGGCUCCAUGUGGCCCGUGCUGGCGGCCUCACACCUCUGCCGGGCUCCGUGAGGGCGGGAGAGCCGCGCUGGGCGCAGGACACACGCAAGCUGGUGAGCGCAGCACGGGGGAGACCAGGGGUUGACAUGGCCAGUGUCAUCCUGGAGAGCAUCUUCUUGAAACGCUCGCAGCAGAAGAAGAAAACAUCUCCCCUCAACUUCAAGAAGCGCCUGUUCCUGCUGACGGAGAGCAAGCUGUCCUACUACGAGUAUGACUUUGAGCGGGGGCGCCGGGGCAGUAAAAAGGGCUCCGUGGACAUUGAGAAGAUCACCUGUGUGGAGACAGUGGCACCUGAAAACAACCCUCCCCCUGAGCGACAGGUCCCGAGGAAGGGGGAGGACUACAACAACAUGGAGCAGAUCUCAAUCAUCGAACGGUUCCCCUACCCCUUCCAGGUGGUCUAUGACGAGGGCCCCCUGUACAUCUUCUCCCCGACGGAGGAGCUGCGCAAGCGCUGGAUCCAUCAGCUGAAGAGCGUGAUUCGGUACAACAGCGACCUGGUCCAGAAGUACCACCCCUGCUUCUGGAUCGACGGCCAGUACCUGUGCUGCUCCCAGACAGCCAAGAAUGCCAUGGGCUGCCGGAUUCUGGAGAGCAGGAAUGGCAGUUUAAAAGUCGGGCGGUCGCAUCGCAAGACAAAGAAGCCCCUUCCCCCAACUCCUGAGGAGGACCAGAUGGUGAUGAAGCCUCUGCCUCCUGAGCCAGCCCCCAGCACAGCAGGGGAGAUGAAGAAGGUGGUGGCCCUCUACAACUACGAGCCCAUGAACGCGCAGGACCUGCAGCUGCACAAGGGUGAGGAGUACUUCAUCCUGGAGGAGAGCCACCUGCCCUGGUGGAAAGCCCUGGACAAGAAUGGGAGGGAAGGAUACAUCCCCAGCAACUACGUCACUGAAACCAGAAAUUCCCUGGAGAUCUUUGAGUGGUACUCAAAGAAUAUCACUCGGAGCCAAGCGGAGCAACUGCUGAAACAGGAGGGUAAAGAAGGGGGCUUCAUUGUCCGAGAUUCCACCAGCAAGACAGGGAAAUACACUGUCUCCGUCUAUGCCAAGUCCUCUGCAGACCCCCAAGGCAUGAUCCGCCACUAUGUUGUCUGCUGCACCCCCCAGAAUCAGUAUUACCUGGCAGAAAAACACCUCUUCAACAGCAUCCCAGAGCUCAUCACCUACCACCAGCACAACUCUGCAGGGCUCAUAUCCCGACUGAAGUACCCCGUGUCUCAGCACAAGAAAAGUGCUCCUUCCACAGCUGGCCUUGGCUAUGGGUCGUGGGAGAUUGACCCCAAGGAUCUGACCUUCCUGAAGGAACUCGGGACAGGGCAGUUUGGCGUGGUGAAGUACGGGAAAUGGAGAGGCCAGUACAACGUUGCCAUCAAGAUGAUCAGGGAGGGCUCCAUGUCAGAGGACGAGUUUAUUGACGAAGCCAAAGUCAUGAUGAACCUGUCUCACGAGAAGCUGGUGCAGCUCUAUGGGGUCUGCACUAAGCAGCGUCCCAUCUUCAUCAUCACCGAGUACAUGGCCAACGGCUGUCUCCUGAACUUCCUGAGGGAAACACGGCAGCGCUUCCAGCCUGCCGAGCUGCUGGAGAUGUGCAAGGAUGUCUGUGAAGCUAUGGAGUACCUGGAAUCCAUGCAGUUCCUGCACAGAGACCUGGCUGCCCGAAACUGUUUGGUGAAUGACCAAGGAAUUGUGAAAGUGUCAGAUUUUGGUCUUUCCAGGUACGUGCUAGAUGACGAGUACACAAGCUCCAUGGGGUCCAAGUUUCCAGUGCGGUGGUCUCCUCCUGAAGUGCUGCUGUACAGCAAGUUCAGCAGCAAGUCUGACGUCUGGUCCUUUGGCGUCCUGAUGUGGGAAGUUUUCUCCCUGGGAAAGAUGCCUUACGAGAGGUUUAACAACAGCGAGACAACCGAGCACGUCAUCCAAGGCCUGCGCCUGUACCGGCCGCAGGCGGCUUCGGAGCGGGUCUAUGCCAUCAUGUACAGCUGCUGGCACGAGAAGCCUGAGGAGCGCCCCACCUUCACCGUGCUGCUGAGCAGCAUCCUGGACAUCGCUGAUGAGGAGUGCUGACCGCGGGCACUGCCCGCUGACCCUGCCCAGCGCUGCCGCUGCCCAGCGGGACACACCCGCACACGG